CCGCGCGUGACACCAUUUCUCACACUGGCGUCUCGUGCAUGACAGUCAUGUAGUCGCGUGGUGCUGAUGUGAGGAACUCUGAUUUUACGCUGUUUGAAGAGCUUUACAGAGCCACGCCGGGUGGAUAUGCUUUUCGCCGACGACGUGGGAGACGUUUAAGUUAACCUUCACGUCCACCAAAGCGUCGGUGCAUUCAUAUUUUAAAACAUGCGCGAAUGUUUGUGGAGAUAGCGGAAUCGCUGUGUUGCAAGCGGGAAUGAGCUCGUAGAGGGAGGAGCGCUUCGCUCGGCUCGCCGUGCAAGGAGAUGAUGAUGAUGAUGAUGAUGGUGGUGGUGGCAGAGGGAUCUGGAGGAUGCGGCAGACGCGAAUUUCACCGUUUUCUGAAAGGUUAAUGGCAACUGGUGGAUGUUAAAGCGAAGGGAGCCGAGGUUCAAUCAACUGAAAUCGGAAUAUGCGUUUGGCGAGCGCUGUAAUGAGCGUCCAGCGAAAUGCAUUGAGUUCCAAGUCAAACUAGGUGGAUAAUGUCAGAGCGGAAAAGGCCGACAGUCAUGGACCAGAGAGGUCAAGGUGUGUGAAGAAUCUAGACAGAGAUGCAGUUAGUGAAAUUAGAGGAUGCAUAUGCAUUUUAAAAUGCAUGGACAUGUUUAAUGCGCAUAUAAAUGGCAUUAAAUAUUAAUAGUGCACUUCAAACCUGAAUUUAAAAAAAAUUCAAAAGCAAUUUCUAAUUUGACUUAGACUUCAUAGAACACCGAGCAAUAUGAUGUGUGAAGUGAUGCCAACCAUAAAUGAGGGGGACUCGGUGAGUUCCCAGAGAGGCUCUCAGAACGGCACGGAUGCCGAGUCUAAUUUUGAACAGCUGAUGGUGAAUAUGUUGGAUGAGAGAGAUAAGCUGCUGGAGUCUUUACGGGAGACACAGGAGACCCUCAUCCAGUCGCAGACCAAACUCCAGGAUGUGCUUCACGAGAGAGAUGUGCUUCAGAGACAGCUCAACUCCGCGCUACCGCAGGAGUUUGCGACCCUGACUAAGGAACUGAAUUUGUGUCGAGAGCAGCUUCUAGAAAAAGAGGAGGAGAUAUCUGAGCUUAAAGCAGAGAGGAAUAAUACCAGGCUUCUUUUGGAACACUUGGAGUGUCUGGUGUCACGUCACGAGCGUUCACUGAGGAUGACUGUGGUGAAGAGGCAGGCUCCUCCGCCGUCCGGGGUUUCCAGUGAGGUGGAGGUGCUCAAGGCUCUGAAAUCACUCUUCGAGCAUCAUAAAGCUCUGGAUGAAAAAGUGCGUGAAAGGUUACGGGUGGCUCUUGAAAGGGUGACUACAUUAGAAGUACAGCUGGCAGCCGCCACUCAGGAGGUGGUCAUGUUGAGACAGAGAAAGGAUGGACAGGCAGAUGGGGAUGCUGUGGACAGGAUGGACAGCUCUAAACCUACAUGGAAGAGGCUUCCCAAUGGCUCCAUCGAUGCCCAUGAUGACACCAGCAGGUCUCUGGAGCUGCAGGAACUCUUGGAUAAGGCCAAUAAGGAGCUGGCCCAAAACAGAGAGCGGACCAGUGGCCUGACCAAUCGCAUGUCUGAGCUUGAGACGGAACUGGCUACCGCCCGCAAAGACCUACUGAAGAGCGAGGAGCUGAGCGCCAAGCACCAGAGGGACAUACGCGAGGCGAUGGCACAGAAGGAGGACAUGGAGGAGCGAAUCACAACAUUAGAAAAGCGUUACCUGGCCGCCCAGAGAGAAACCACCUCAAUCCAUGACCUGAAUGACAAGCUAGAGAAUGAGCUGGCCACCAAGGACUCACUUUACCGACAGAGCGAGGAGAAGGUGCGACACCUCCAGGAAUUGCUGGAGUUGGCAGAACAACGGCUACAGCAGACUAUGAGGAAGGCGGAGACUCUGCCCGAGGUGGAGGCUGAACUGGCCCAGAGAGUGGCCGCCCUCACCAAGGCGGAGGAGAGACAUGGCAACAUCGAGGAGCGUUUGCGCCAACUGGAGGCCCAGCUGGAAGAGAAGAACCAAGAGCUGGGAAGGGCUCGGCAGAGGGAGAAGAUGAACGAAGAGCAUAACAAGCGUCUGUCUGACACUGUGGACCGUCUUCUCACAGAGUCCAAUGAACGGCUUCAGCUGCACCUGAAAGAGCGCAUGGCUGCGCUGGAGGACAAGAAUGCACUCAUCCAUGAUCUGGAGAAUUCCCAAAAACAACUGGAGGAGUUCCAUCACACCAAGGAGAGGCUUAUUGGGGAGAUUGAGAAGUUACGGGCUGAACUCGAUCAUCUGAAGCGCAGGAGCGGGGCAUUUGGAGAUGGAACACAUCCUAGGUCUCAUGUUGGCAGUGCCACAGACCUGCGCUUCUCAGUGGUGGAAGGUCAGGGAGAUCACUACUCCUCCACAGGGGUUAUAAGACGGGCUCAGAAAGGUCGACUGGUGGCACUCAGGGAUGAACCCACCAAGAUCCUGCCGAUGGUGGAGCAGGAUUGGGAUCGCUCUCAGCCUUCCAGCUUGCGAGCCAGCCGUACUCACCUGAUGGGUAGCGACACUGAGCUGUCUGACCUGGACGAUGAAGACCGUGAGACCAUAUUCAGCUCAGCCGAUAUGCUGUCUCCCAGUGGGCACUCAGACGCCCAGACGCUUGCCCUCAUGCUGCAAGAACAGCUGGAUGCCAUCAAUGAGGAGAUCAGAAUGAUCCAGGUAGAGAGGGAAUCAGCAGAGCUCCGGGCAGAUGAGAUCGAGAGUCGAGUAAACAGCGGCAGCAUGGACGGCCUGAACGUGACACUGCGGCCACGCUCAUCUAUCCCCACCUCCGUCACUGCCCUCUCUCUGGCCAGUUCAUCACCCCCCGUUAGCGGCCGAUCCACACCCAAACUGACGUCCGGUUCAGCGGCCCACGAGUUGGGCAUCAUGACCCUGCCUAGUGAUUUAAGGAAACAUCGCAGACGAGUGGCUUCUCCUGUGGAGUCCCGAGAAGACAAGGCCACCAUCAAGUGUGAGACUUCGCCCCCUUCCUCCCCCCGCAGUCUCAGACUAGACCAAAUGAACUUCGCUCAGCUAACAGGAAGCCUUGAGGAUGGCCGAGGGGGCAACAAAAAGAAGGGCAUAAAGUCCUCUAUCGGCCGUCUUUUUGGCAAGAAGGAGAAAUCGCGUUUAGAUCAGCCUUUGAGCAAGGAUGGCCAGAUGACACCUCCUGUCAUUCCAGAUUUCGAGAUGGGCAUUGGAGAUACCAUGACCUUGAGCAAACUGGGCACACAGGCAGAGCGAGACCGCAGGAUGAAGAAAAAACAUGAGCUGCUGGAGGAUGCUAGGAGGAAAGGGCUUCCUUUUGCUCAGUGGGACGGCCCAACUGUGGUCUCCUGGCUCGAGCUGUGGGUGGGCAUGCCAGCUUGGUACGUAGCAGCGUGUCGUGCCAACGUGAAGAGCGGCGCCAUCAUGUCGGCACUGUCGGAUACAGAGAUUCAGCGAGAGAUCGGCAUCAGUAACCCGCUGCAUCGGUUGAAGCUGAGACUGGCCAUUCAAGAAAUGGUGUCUCUGACGAGUCCGUCAGCUCCCCUCACCUCACGCACAUCUUCCGGAAAUGUGUGGGUGACUCACGAGGAGAUGGAAAACAUGGCAACCUCGACCAAAAUGGAGAAUGAGGAAGGAAGCUGGGCUCAGACGCUAGCAUAUGGUGACAUGAACCAUGAGUGGAUUGGGAACGAGUGGCUGCCCAGUCUCGGCCUGCCUCAGUACCGUAGCUACUUCAUGGAGUGCUUGGUGGACGCUCGUAUGCUGGACCACCUUACUAAGAAAGAUCUGCGGACACAUCUCAAGAUGGUGGACAGCUUCCACCGGGCUAGUUUGCACUAUGGCAUCAUGUGCUUAAAAAGGCUGAACUAUGACAGGAAGGAGCUGGAGCGAAGAAGAGAGGAUUUUCAACAUGAUAUCAAAGAUACCCUGGUGUGGACCAAUGAUCAUGUGAUGCAGUGGGUUCAGAACAUCGGUCUGAAAGAGUACAGUAAUAACCUGCUGGAAAGCAGUGUGCAUGGAGCUCUCAUUGCCCUAGAUGAGACGUUUGACUUCAGCAGCUUGGCCCUCAUUCUACAGAUCCCCAUGCAGAACACUCAGGCCAGGCAGAUUCUGGAGAGGGAAUUUAACAACCUCUUAGCAUUGGGAACAGAUCGACGCCUGGAAGAGAGUGAUGACAAGUCGUUCCGAAGGUCUCCAUCGUGGCGUAAGCGCUUCAGGCCGAGGGAAGGCCAGGGCCUGGGUAUGAUGCCAGGGUCCAUAGAGACUCUUCCCGCUGGCUUCCGCCUCAACACCAUGUCCAUUCCCCCCUCUAUGGCUGCUGUGCCCAAGAAACAGCUGCAACCAGAAGCAGCCGGUCCCCCGGCCCCGCAGAGACUAGACCCCUCAGCUGUCAGGACUUACUCCUGCUAACUUGCUUUUACUAAUCACUGCACUCACACUAACAGUGCAUUCCCACUACCUGUACGGACACAUGCUUGCGGCCUUUCGAGAAUGAAAUAUGCCAAAAUCUGGGGACACCUUGAAAGGAUGAGGGAAGGGUUAACCUCCGCCCCUCCCCUGUCCUCAACAACACCAGAGCUUUCUUGGACACCGUGCAAUAGAGGGGGCCAGAAAGAUGAAUUUUGAACUCUGAACGCGUGGAACGCAUAGCAGAGAAAUUUCGUCCUAUCAGUCGUUUCCCAGUAAUCCCGGUUCUAUAGUCUUUGUGGUGGUCGUACUUAACUGGUGUACUUGGCCCUGUAGUCUGUCAAUGCUAUAGUCUGCUCCUUUGGGUGUGCCAUUGGCAUUUUACUAUAUAAAGCUUUCUCCCCUUUGGUUAUGCAAAAUAUUAAUCAACGUCUCUGUAUAUAUGAAAAACAGAAAAUUAUGCUAUUAUGUUUUUUAUGGAAAUAUAUAUCAGACUUGUAUAUGGAGAUGAAUAUAUCAUAUGAAUUUUAAAGUCUCAGUUGUGACUGUUUCCUGUCGGUUAGACAGCUCCGUCUGCUAGAACGGUGUUGUGUAUAUAGUCGGUGUCUUACACCAGUGGUGACUGGAGAAACGUGCGUUUGUGUUCACAUCAGCAGUGCUUAUCCACGUAAUACACUUCCAGGACUCUGAGAUCGUAUAAAGCCAUGAUGCUAAAUAUUGUUGAGCAUCAGGGAAAGCAAUAGACUUCAGUUCACUUAGCAUCAGGAGAAAAAAAAAAAAAUGUAGGACCUGCGAACAAACAUGAUCUUCGCCACUUGAAAUUCAGCAUCACAACGGGAGGAAAUGAUUCUCGAGCAACCUACC